UCAGCACAAGCUCCGAGAGCGCGGGAAGUGCCCGGAUGCUCCUGCGGGGCACGGAUGCGGGUCCCACGCGCCUGCGUCCUGUUCUCUUGAUGUCUCCCCACUUGCCAGGUUGUGGUACCAUGCCAGCAUUUUUGUCCUCUGUCCAUCAGGCCUCCUAGGUCCUGGGCUGCCCUGCUGCCCUGUGACUUUAGUGGUUGUGCUCGAAUUCAUGAUGAUACCACCCCACCCCCUAAAAAAAAUACCUUGGAAAAGCUGACAAAAAUGAGUGAAAACUCAUUCCUGUCUCUCUCAUCGGUGACAAAGGUCCAGCACCUGGCUUGACUUGGGUGGGGUAGGAGUGAGGCCCGACUCAUUUGCGCCCACUCCAGCCAACUACUUGCUCAUGGCCCAGGCAAGAACCUUGGAAGGGGGCCCAUCGACAGGGGUUCUAGGACUUGGGCUUUGCUUGGGAGGCGGGGUGUGUGUGUGUGUGUGUGUGUGUGUGUGUGUGUGUAAAAGGGUGGUACCAGAGAUGUAGAACAGAAGCGGAUGUGAGACAGCACUGGCGUGCAAGGUGUAGCGUGUGGUUCACGAUCCUUAAGUUGGCAUUCGCUUUGUCUCCCUACCCAGGCUUUGAGGCCCUGGAAGGCCAGCUGACAAUGGGUCAGGAAAUGGUCUGCCUUUGUCCUACUCCACAUGGAGGUGGCGGGUACCCAGGCCACAGGAAUGAGCUGGCUGGUGCCGUUCUCACCCCUUGGUCACUGAGAAAACUAAGUUCUGAGGGCCCUGGCAGGCCAACUGACAAUGGAUUAGGAUGUAGUCCACCUUUGUCCUGCUCCACCUGGAGAUGCCUGGCAUCCAGGCCACAUCAAUGAGCUAUCAGGUGCCAUUCUUGCCCCUUGAUCACCAAGGAAAUAAGUCACGAGACUCUGGUCUCAGGCAAGAGAGCUUCAGACGCUGGAUCGGUGCCAAGCCACGAAUCCAACGUCUUAGGCAGUUUUUCAAGAAACCGCGAGAAAUACAAGGCAACUCAGGCCAGGGUGGCAAUUAUUCAGCCCCGACCCUGAAUGUGCCAUAUAACGUAUGGAGCCAGGAGGCAGGCCUGCUGGAAAAGCUGGUGAUGAACCUGGUCCCUGCCCACCAGAAAGGCGACCUCUUUUUUAUUCAAAGCUUCCUACACAGCUACAGAAAGUGUGGGACGUUGGACCAAGUGCUGGCUAUUCUGUUCAAAAAGUACAGAUCCCUCCGCCCUGGCUGUGAGGAAGACGAACACGUUAAGAAUGCCCUUUGUUCCUUCUUCACUAUGUGGAUGGACUGCUACCCUGAUGAUUUCCGUGAACCCAAGAACCAAGACAGCCUGAAUGACCUCAUGUAUUACAUCAUGCUCAACAUGCCCUCCUCGGACCUGCUCCUCCGCUUACAGGUUCUUCUUGACCAGCUGGAGAAAAAGAGGAAGAAGGCCACGUGCAGAUGCCUGACAGCUUGUUUUGGCCGCCGUAGAGCAGCUUCUCCUGAACGGGAGAUACAGAACCAAUCAGUGAUGUCAGCAAUGGUGACCGAUGGAGUUCUGGAGCCAUCACCAGACUACAGAAACCGUGUGAAUAUCCAGCGCUUUGUGCCUUUCGCAGUGAGGCCCAAAGAGAUUUUGAAUCCUGUGGAUGCCCCCCUUGUUGUGAAGCCCACAUGUGACACAGGUGAACCUGCAGGUAUCCCUGAGGAGGAUGAAGAUCCAGAAUUUCUUCCUCUGACUUUCACGGUCCCCCUAGAUCGGCUCCAAACAAGUCAAACCGACACACCGCUUAUUGUGCAGGAUCAACUAACAUGUGUCCCUAAUCUAAGUUCAGGAGCACCACUAAAUGAGGUCCAAAUUCUAGAUUCAGUCAAGGAAAGUGAAUUUGUCCUUACAAAAUAUGCAUACAAAUCUUUCCUGCUACAGGAGAACCAAUCUCCAAUUGAGAAAUUAGAAUAUGCUCUUCCCUCAACUCAGGAAGAAAAUCCUGCCUUUCAUGAAGAGAUAGAUCCCUUGGAAGACUCUGACUUAGAAUUUCUUCCUGAAGGCAACUUAGAGACUUAUCAGGACUUAGAGUUUCCCUCUCCCAUCCCUGGGAAAAUACCUGUUUUGCUUUUUGUAAUGACUGCUGUCAUAUAUUCCUUCUACUUAUUCUUAUAA